AUGAAUUUGUCACAAAAAGAAAGCUUGGGUGCAAUAUUCCUUUUAAGUUUUUUUUUUUAGUAUAUUUCGUAAAAUUUUCCAGAAGGCUAAAUCAUUAAAAUAGAAACAUAUUUGAAAUUAUUUAGAUUAUGGCGCAAAAUAUUAAUCCUGAACAUCCGCAAUCAUCAAAUUUAAAACAAAAUGAUGAAACAAUAACAUGCCGAGACAAUCAUGCAGUUAGCAAAAGACUUCAAAAGGAACUUAUGGUUUUAAUGAUGUCCAGUGAAAAAGGAAUAUCAGCUUUUCCAGAAGGUGACAACAUAUUUAAAUGGAUUGGAACGAUAUCUGGGCCAGAAAAUACAGUUUAUUCUGGUCACAAAUAUCGCUUAUCAUUAGAUUUUCCAAAUUCUUAUCCAUAUUCUGCACCAACUGUAAAAUUUUUAACACCAUGCUUUCAUCCAAAUGUGGAUUUAUCUGGUUCGAUAUGUUUGGAUAUAUUAAAAGAUAAGUGGUCGGCAUUAUAUGAUGUCAGAACAAUUUUAUUAUCAAUUCAGUCGUUAUUGGCGGAACCAAACAAUGAAAGCCCACUAAAUAUUCAAGCGUCAAUUAUGUGGCCGAAUCAAGAGGAAUAUAAAAAGUAUUUAGAUACAUUCUAUGAAAAACAUAAAGAUCACGCAUAAGUAAAAUUAUCCUAUAACAAAUAUUAAAUUUUAAGUCUGAGCUCCUGAGGUAGCAAUGCAUAAUACCUGGUUUGAAAAUUAAUUUUUAACACACAAUAACAAAAAUUUUAAUGUAAAAUGGUAAACACAAUCCUUUUAUUUAUUUUUUAAAUUCUAUUUGUAUUCCAAAAAUGAUAAGAGUUUAAUUGAAAAAAUGAAAAUCUUAUAAUAAAAAUUAUUGUUGAAUGCAUUUUUCGGAUCCUUGAAGUGAAAGAAAAAUUUAAAUUUAAAUUGUAUCUCAUUUUAUAUAGAUAAUAAGCUUCACUAAUAGUAAUAUAAAUCAACAAAACUUCUGUAAAG